AUGUCCUCCUGUCAUGGCGAGCAUGGUAGUAGGCCUGCCAAGAGAAAACUUCAACGUCGCCAUGCAAGAUCUUAUACUGCAUCAUACAUUCCUUCAGAACCCCAAUCCGACUAUUUCCAUAGAGGCCAUGUUGGAAAUCUUCUUUUUGGCAGACAGAAAACAACAAAGACAGAAGAACUAAUAUAUGUUCAUCGUAAACAGAAGAAACCAUAUUCAGCAGUUACCGUCGCUAUUGAACGCCUCACUAGUGAGGAAAACGAGGACGGUGCCUAUGGCGGUAUUCCAGAUUUGGUAGAUGUUAUCAAACUUCAAGCCACCGGCCCUAGAGAAGCCACUAGAGCUCUACGAAAGAAGCUCAAAUAUGGUAACGUACAACGUCAGCUUCGAGCUUUGGAAAUUCUGGAUGGCCUUGUUCAGAAUGCUGGCCCAAAGUUUGAGCAUGUUUUUGCCUCCGAUGAUGCUUUCCUCGAACGUCUACGUGUUUGUGGUGUUUCAAGCACUUCAGACCCUGCAGUAAAAGCUAAGUGCAGGGAGCUCUUUCGAGGCUGGGCAAUUAAAUAUAAGAAAGUUUCUGGAAUGGAAGACGUCGUCAAUCUCCUUCAUGCACUGCCUGAUACAAGGAAGGUUGUCACGCAAGAUAGAUCGAAAGUUCUCCGUGAAACAGAGGAAAACCCCUUCCAGGAUGACGAGCUUGAAGAGCCAUCUACCCCUGUUUCUUCUAGACCAGGUCCCUCUAAAGCUGGACCUUCUCACUCAAGACAAAGCUCUCUAACAACUGCAUCUGCUAGUACCAGAGAGCGGGCAUCCUCAAUCAUGUCUGGAUCUGCUAAGAAGGUCAAGAAAGAAGAUAAGAAGGACAAGAAGAAGAAGUCCAAGCCUUUCAACCUAGAAGCCGAGAAAGAAGCCAUGAAGGCUGCUAUUGCGGAAUCAACUGUUGCAUCUACCAAUCUUUUGAACGCAUUGAGACAUAUCGAUCGAGAGAAAGAGCGAAUUUCUGAGAACAAAAUAGCCUCGCAAUAUUUUGAUACCUGUAAACUGCUACGAAGGAAGAUUCUACGAUAUAUCCAACAUGUAGAGGCCGAGGAAUGGCUUGGGGGGCUUCUUCACGCAAACGAUGGAUUGGUCAAUGCCUUAAUGACAUUUGAACAAUUGGAUAGAUCGAUUGACGCAGACAGUGACUCUGACGACGAAAUGGCAGAGCAAGCUCAUCUCUUCAAAAUGGCAGAAAUUAAUAAUGCAGAACGCAAGGCAGGACGUAGAGCUAGUGAUUCAACCACACAACAAUUACAUGAUCUUACACUCGGUACAGGCCCACUUACAGGCCCACAUAGUCCAACCAAACCCGCUCAUCGUCCCGCACCACCUACUCCUGUUCAAACGACUCAUCCGAGAGCACAGGAAUCGGAGGAUGAAGAAGAGGAAGAGGAUGAAAAUGACCCGUUUGCUGAUCGCAAUGCUCUUGAUUGA